UCUCUCCCGCCCUUUACGAUUCGGAGCGGGCUCUGAUAUGGAUUCUCUAUCACCGCUCUCGAACUCCGAGGCUGCGAUCACGAUUCUCUGUGUUUCCUUCUUCCUUUUGCGGGCCCCGCUUUCUUGUCUAAACAAAUUACACUACACUCUCCGACACGCACAGACAGAUGCACGACCAUCCAACGCGGAAACUUCGACGACGGACAGAAAAGGAGAGCGCGGUGAAAGUAGAACCGAAGGAGGAGCAACUCGAAACCACAAACCACCUCCUUCAUUCUCCCUUACCUCCUCUUCCUCAAGGCUGGGAACACCCCGCAGAAUUGGACUACCUUGACGCCUCCACAUGGUCGAAAGAUGACAUCAUCCGCCACCUCAUCACGAACUCCUUCUCUGUCCCCGCUCUCGUACCCCACUCCAAAUGGACGACCAUCAUCACCGCAGCGGAGGGCUCGACGACGAUGCUCCCCAACUCGUACCGCAUCCCGCUCAUGUUCGUCGGAGAGUUCAUGUGGUUCUCGCUUCGGUUGGUCCUCGAGGAUGAGAAGGAGUGGGAAAAGUUCAAGGGCGGGGUGUUGCAUGUGUCGAGGCUGUGCGAGGCGUUCUUGGGAGAGGCGAGGAGGGCUAUGGGUUCGGAGGGCCUGGGUGCUGCAUGGCGGUGCGCGGUGUUUGAUAGAGCGCUGGUGAGGUAUCGGUGGGGGUGUUUGUUUGCUGACCGGAAGCAUCUCCAGCUGUUUUGGGAGACUUAUGGGGAGCAGGAGUAUCGGAAGGAUCCGGUCAAGUUUUAUUGGAAAUGGGUGGUGUUGAAAGGGUGGAAGGGAUUCAGACUGGACGAGGAGCGCGUUCAGAAUGGGGUUACGGCGCGUCAGUGGAUGAGAGGGUUGGCGAAGGAGGAUGGCGGCGAUUGGGUAUGGGUUACUGAUCAGACAAGUUCGCGUUCGACAGAGGCGUCGGAGUAUCUCGAAUCGUGGCAACGCACAAAGGUAUGGGGACAACCGAUACCGACAUUUCCAUCCAGGGAUCCUGUGUGUGCGACAGAUCCUUCGCCCAAUCUCUCAAAAGACUUGCCUACACCUACCGAUACCAUCCACUACCCCCCCACGCCGGUUCCGAAAACCGACCUCUUGCAAAUCCUGCACGCCCAAUACCAAUCGCAAGUAUUGUGUAUAAGCCCUUUAGAAAAAGACAUCGCGAGGCUGAAACAAGGGAAAGGAUACAGGUCCGCCGCCGCUGCAUCCGUUCCUGCACUCUUUGUCCCAGCGCCUAAUUUCCCAAACCUUUCCGACCCGGACUGUUCGACGAGCUUCUGGAAGGACCCACUAGAGGCGCUGUUGGAUGCGGAUGUAUGCGAGGCACCUGGAUCUGUGAAGGCUGAGGAUACACUCGAGGAGGUUGCAUCCGUGAUGGAUCGCGACGUUGUGAUAUCACCGCCGAUUAAGUCUCCACGAAAGCUGAAACGAAAGAGGAUUGGUUGAUAUUUGUAGACGAGUGCGAUUGGUGGGCUUGGGCUCUGUGGUUGAAUAUGAUUACUUAUCUCUGUGUUUUUCUUUUUUCUUCGCGCCAUGGUGGCGAUCAUGAUACCCUGUGCUAUUUGCGAGAUGCUAUAAUCCCAGCUCUAAUCAGAUGUCAGAAGAAACCGGCGGGGUAAGAGCCGAACCACGUCUAUAUCCUGACCAGUCGUCCAGCUUGAG